AUGUGGAGUUUCCUGCUGCGUGGUCCUCCAGGGAGGCUGUGGAUGGGGCUCAUGUGCCUUCUGUCCCUUUGGGAUGCAGAGAUUCCUGCGCAUUCGGUGGAUCUGUCGGCCCUCAACCUGGCGGGGCUGGUCAACAGGAUGCUCAGCGGAGCUCUGAAAGGUAGCAACACGUUCUUCUCCUUGCUCAGCGUCACCUCCUACAGCUCCUUCGCCUUCCACAAGUUCUCUGUGGCCAUUUAUAACAUUUCUCACCUGAAGAACGUGGACCCGGCCACAUUCCCCACCAGACACUGCUACUGUUUGAGCAACAGGACCAAUGACUUGUCAGAUUUCACAGCCCUCCUGGUGGACAUCGUCGGAAAUUCUACCAGCUACCUCACCGAAAUUUUUAAGUCAACCUCCAUCCUCUCAGUGAGUCAGACCAACAACUCCGACUGCAUCUUCAUCUGCGUGAUGACGGGGAAGUCUGGAAGGAAUCUGUCCGACUUCUGGGAUGGGGCAGAGAAGUUCCCGGUUGUCAAUUACACGUUCACCAGCAGCUUCGUCGGCCUGCCAGGUCCCUGCAUUGCCUUAAGAACGAUCAUCUUCACAUACAACACAGGUUACAUCUGCUACACGGCUCAGAAUAUCACCAUCGGCGCUUCUGGAGGGAUGGCCGUGACACCAAAGCCCCCAACCGUAAGCCACCUGAGACUGCCGAGUCCCAGCCCCCCACGCUGGGGCCUGGGCACCCGAGUGUCUGCUGUGAGGGUCCCUCCCUGGACGGAGACAGCCUUUUCUUCAGAGACCCAGGAGACCACGACCCAAGGAAUACACACCCCUGGGACCCAGACUCCAAGUCCCACCAAGGCCCCGGCCCCCAGAUAUCCACCGACAGGUGACCUCCCUGCCAUGUGGCCGUAUAUCCCUGGGGACGAGCCGGGCCUGGUCCCAGGGCUCCAGCAGGUCUCGAGGUGUCCUCAGCCGCCCCUCCAGGAAGGCGCCUUGACCGCUCCGCCUCACCCCCUGACCAUGCAGAAGAUCAACCCCUGCCUGAUGGAGCUGUGUCAAUUUUUCCAGCAGUGCCUGUGCGUGAGCCAGAGGAGGACUCCCAGUACAGAGGCCAUGAGGUACUGCCUGGAACACUAUUCCUGGUUUCUGAAGAACGCAACCUAUGUCUGCCCGAGGGUGAAAAGGGUGGCCCACUCCCGCACAUUAAAGCAAAGGUGCCUUGCGAACAUCUGCAAGUCCGUGUGA